CCAAGUAAUUUGCAUACCCACAUAAACAACGAAACGUUCACGCAUGGGAUAAAGCCAUCCUUCCCUCAGCUAGCCAUGGUCCAUGCCUCAGCUCACGACACACGCAGAGCUCGAGAGACCACAUGUUCUUAUUCUAUUCUCAAGUACAUGUAUGAUGUUCUGGAUCGCACAUAUUUUAUUCUGGUGCUACACUUUCGCUUUAUCUUCAUGUAAUAUUAAAGUACAUCGCCCCAAAUUUGCCACGUUACUACCAUCCCGGCGAGGAGUCAAUUGUGCUGUCUUACGAGUGCCCAUACUGUACGGCCAGAUCGAGACGAUAGAAGAGAGUGCUGUCACUACCCUUCUCAAUACCUUGAUGAACCAAGACAACGUUGACUUGGUGAAUGAUUGUUGCAUCCGAUGUCCAACCCAUGUUGAUGAUAUCGCUGUGGUCUGCAGACAAAUGUGUGAGAGGAGAACGACGGAUCCCGAGUCGGUCAGUGGUGUGUUCCAUUGGUGCAGAGCUGACUUCAUGACGAAAUACACAAUGUUAGUCACAAUAGCCAAUGUCUUCAACCUUCCUCAUGAUCACAUUAGAGCUAACCCAGUCCAACCAACAGGUGAAACGCCACGCCCCAAGGAUUGCUCCAUGGAUCGAUCAAAGCUGGUAAAUCUGGGUAUUGGACAGACCACACCCUUCACCGAAGGGAUACAAAAAGUGAUGAAACCGUUCAUCUCAAAAAAUCAAUGAGAUAAUUUUUUUAUUCGAUAAACUGGUACUCGGCUCAGGCUUACCAAUCAUACCGAUAGCUACACUCGAAGAAACACAAGUCAAAUGGAUUUUGAAACCUCCUUGGUAUUACUAUUAUGUAUGAUGCAGGGCUAUGUGCAACUUUACACCUGUUAUGUCGCACCUUUCAUAAAGGAAAGCACCUUUAGAGUUAAUUCUUUCAGAAAGGAUAUAGGCAUGAAUCUCUAAAGCAAUUGAGUAACUUUUUGGACUUUUGCUAACAUCAGUGUUGUGGGACCCUAAAUGUCGUCAGUGCACGCAAUUAUGUUUCAAGAGGACAGCCAUAAGUAUCAUUACAUGCUCUGCUGUAUAAAAAUAUUAUUUUUCAUCCGCUCCCUAGUCUUAUUAUUCUAAAACUUUAGCGGUUAAUAGGCCAUUAUGACACAAUUUGCAGACAAUUUUUAAGAUUGUUGUGUAUCAUAAUUUAAGAGCUCAAAACUUUUGGACCUGAAAAACAUCAAGGUUUACAAUACAAGAAUUGAAAUAUGGGGAAAAACCCUCCAAAUAUUUUUUUAACCUUAUGAAAAAACGUAGGACAGAAAAACAAAUGAUUCAACUGCUUGAUAAAAAUAAUGAUGAGUUAUAUAUGGAUGAGGAAAUAAAACGAGAAGUUCUCAUGUUUUAUGAAGAACUUUACGGUUUUCAACAGGUGUCAGAUUUUCGUGAUAUUUUGCAAGAACUAAAAGAAAUCGAACAUAAUCCAGUUUCAGACGAAAAAGCAAAAAUGAUAGAAGGAGAGAUCUCUUUCGAAGAAAUUCGUAAAGCAAUUAACAAUUUGAAGACGGGGAAAUCCCCCGGUCAAGAUGGGUUUACUGCAGAAUUUUAUAAGUUUUUCAUGCAAGAUAUUGGAAUUUAUUUAUCAAGAAGUUUGAACUCAGCAUUUGCUUGUGGAAACUUAUCACAUUAUCAAUAUUUAGGAAUAAUAACUUUGUUACCGAAGGGGAAUAAGCCGAGAAACUUGCUCAGAAAUUGGCGACCAAUUUCUUUACUUAAUGUCCAAUAUAAGAUUCUUUCCCAUUGUAUUUCGAAUAGAAUAAAACCGUUGUUAGAAGAAAAUAUACACAACGAUCAAAAAGGUUUUCUCGCUGGUAGAUAUAUAGGUGAAAAUAUUAGAAUUAUUUAUGAUAUAAUUUCCUACACAGAAAAUAAUGACAUACCUGGUAUAAUUCUUUUUAUCGAUUUUGAAAAGGCAUUCGAUUGUGUUUCGCAUGAUUUUUAUGGAAUGUACUGCACUUUUUCAAUUAUGGUGAUAAUAUUAUAAAAUGGAUUAAAGUUAUGUAUGCUAAAUCUACUUCUAGUGUUUUGGUUAAUGGCUGUUUAACCUCACGUUUCAACAUUAAAAGAGGAUGUCGCCAAGGGGACCCCCCCUCUCUCCCUAUUUGUUUAUACUGUGUGCAGAGAUCUUAGGAAUGUUAGUAAGAAAAUCUCAACGGAUUGAAGGCAUAGUUAUUGAUAAAAAAGAAUACAAACUAUUGCAAUAUGCAGAUGACACCGUUUUGUUUCUCGAUAGUAAGGAAAGUUUGCAAAAUGCACUAGACCUUUUAGACAUGUUCUCGAAAUAUUCUGGUUUAAAGGUUAACAUGACUAAACGCAAAUAUUGUGUAUUGGGUCUCUGAAAAAAACUGUUCAGAUUGAUUUGCCUGUGACUGAUAAAACGUUGAUUAACAUGAAAUUCGUUAGAUAUUUAGGAAUCGAUUUCUGUAUUGGUCUGAAAAAUCUCCCUGAUUUCAAUUAUAAUAGAGUAUUUGAUAAACUAAAAAGACAAAUGAUAUCAUGGUCAAAGCGUAAUAUUUCUGUAUUUGGUCGUGUAAUCCUUGUCAAAUCAUUGCUUGUUUCACAAUUCAAUCAUUUAUUCAUGUCUAUUCCAAAUCCGUCUAAACAUCUUUUAAAAUCAGUAAAUGUGUCUUUUUACAAAUUUAUAUGGAAGGGGAAACCCGACAAAAUAAGCAGGAAACAGAUUGUUUGUAACUAUGAAAAUGGUGGACUUAAAAUGAUCGAUGUUGGACACUUUUCUAGAGCUUUGAAGCUGUCUUGGAUAAGAAGAAUACUGUCAAACUCAUGUGAAGAAGUUUCUCAUUUAAUGUAUGCAUUUUUGAAACCGUUAGUAACAUUAGAAUGGGGUAAAGGGGAUAUAUAUUUCACCAAACUAUCACUCAUGGUCCGAAACAGUUUUUGGAAGGAAAUCUUUAUUAUAGUUUCCUCCUUUAUUCGAAAUGUUCAGUGUACUUCUCUUUUUUGGCCGGCUAUUCCUUUAUGGUACAAUUCUGAUGUAAAAAUUGGUGGAAAAGGUAUAUUCUUAAAGGAAUGGUGGGACAAAGGCAUUAGAUUUAUUAACGAUUUAUUAGAUGAGAAUGGAAAACUUCUGGAAAGAGAAGAGUGUGAAAAAAGAUUUUCAAUCAAAAUUCAGUUUCUUCAUUAUUAUGUCUUAUGGCAGAUUAUUAAAUGUAAGUAUAAAGCUCAGUUGAAUACGUGUAAUAUGAAAUCUAAUGAACCAUUAUGCCCUGCUUAUAUCUUUCAUUUACUGAAGGACAAAAAAGGAUGUAGACAUGUAUAUUAUAUCAUGUUAAAAGAAAAUGAUGAUAACUUGACUAAAUUGUGUAAUAGAUGGUUUGUCAAUGGCAUUUCGAUGGACACCAGAGAUAUGAAAAAUUAUUUUAAAACGAUGUUUCGAUGUACAACUUAUACUACAAUGAGGUACUUUCAGUACCGACUGCUAAAUAAGAUAUUAUAUUUGAAUAAGGAUCUUGUAAAGAUGAAAAUAACUGCAGAUGCAAAAUGCUCUUUUUGUGGAAGGGAAGAAGAAAACGCUAUACAUUUUUUUUAUCAAUGUCAUGUGGUAAAUCUUAUCUGGGUACGAUUUACAGACUGGUUAUACAGUUUAACAAGAUUUAGAAUAAAUCUUUCUGCUGUACAUGUUUUGUUUGGUUUCACAGAAAAAAGAAACGAUGCUUUAAAUUGUUUAAUAAUUUGGACGAAACAACAAGUAUACUCUGCUCGUGUGGAAAAAACCAUACCUAAUUUUGAGAAAAUUAAACAAUAUAUAAGAAAAUGUUACAAAAAUGAGAGGCAAAUCAGUAUUAUGGAAAACAAAACACAUAAAUUUGAUAAAAAAUAGGUAAAUUUCGAAAGAAUUCUUGUCAUUUUGUAAUAAGAUUUCCGGACCUUUAUAUGUAUUUCUGUUUAAUGUAAACAUAUUUUCAUGAUGAAUGUGCAGUGUGUUUCGGGUGAGAGGUGAUCAAUUAUUGUUGGAGUGGCCUUGUUCGGUGCUCAUUUGUUCUUUGCUGCUGCAAGUGUCGGCGGCGGAACGGAUGGGUGUAGGACAUGGCCACUCUAGUAUCGGUUGUCUUUUGCUUGAAACGCCCUGUAGGCCUAUACUUUGUACAAAAUUAUGCUAUGUGUGUAUGAUAUGUUAUUUCAUUUAUGUCAUUGUUAAAAUGUUUAUGCAAAUAUAUGCCCUAUCGGAGGGAAAUAACAAAAAGCUUUAAAAAAAAAAAAAGGUUUACAAUGGGAUAGAUGACUGAUUUUUCUCUUGCCAUUUUUCAGUCGUACUUUAUAGUUUUGUAGUUUCACAUUGCUGUGAAAAAAAAAUCGUUCAGAAUCAUUUUUCCCGUUCUUACUGUUAGAUUAAUUCAUUUUUUUAUUAUGAGAUAAUAUACUGCAGUUACAACGACAAUAAUGAAUAUCUAUGAGUAGUAAUGUUUACAAGGUUUAUGGUAAUAUAUCGUUUCAUUUGAUUAAAUUAAUUAUUGGACG